AUGCGACUCAUUGUGCUUUUGUCUUGUGCAGGGUCCAUUCCCGAGGCGCUCGGAGCUCUCAGCGAGCUGAAGAAUCUUGACAUGAGCAAAAACAAGCUUACUGGGUCCAUCCCGAGAGAGCUUGGAGGUCUCGGCAAGUUGGAACAGCUCUGGCUCAGCGGCAACGAACUUACCGGUAAGGGAGAGUUAACCUCCGUUCCCUAUGAUGUGAGAGCAAUUCCGCGUAGGUCGCCCCAGGUGGUGGUUUGCUGUAGACCCGCUCAAGCUUCAUGAUAUCGUGUGAUAGCAGUUGUUUGGAUCUGGUGGUCGUGCUUUACUGGAACCCCUCCGUCCCGAAGCACCUCGGCCGUUUAUGCCGCUGUUGUAUUCGACGACACGCUGCCUGCCUAUGCGUCCCUCACUUUGAAUGAUGCAUGUGGCGGCGCCUCAGGCAAGAGCGUUGCCUCUGUUUCAACCAUACUUGAAUACAUUGCGGUCUGAGUGAUACCGCUCUCACACACGCAUCACUUCUUUGGGCGGGGGACUUUUCCCCUUGUAUCAUGCUUCACUGUAUUUCGGGAGUUGUUGCCCAAACCCGGAACCGAUGCUGUUGGGAGUAGGCAGGCCUUGGUGUUCUGCUGCAAUACUGGUAGUCAGAGAAGUGAGACGAUCGGCAGGAUGUUAACGUUUGAGAGCUUGAGACCAUUGACCUGAAUACGGGGUCGACGUAUUGGUUGCGGUAGUCCGGACGCAAGCGAGCUCACCGGCAACAGGGUUUGAACGGCCUUGCUCGGGUUCCAGUAAGGGGUCUGGUUGGCUCGUAUAGCAUCGCGCGACCCUCAUGAAGACGAACAUGUCUGCUUUGGGUCUGGCGGUUGUACUGUAGCAGGGCUCGUCCCCAAGGUGCCGGGGAUGCAUCCCGCCUACAGACCCCCUGUUCGGUAUUUUUCCACAUUCUGCCACUGGUCGUCCUGGUGGUCUAGUGGUAGACUCGGAACCGCUAGUGGCAAAGUCGUCGUGAGUUCGAGUCCCCAUGGGGUGAAAUAUUUACAACUUACUGUCGCCAUAUUAAAAAGGACGAAAACACACAAAACGCGUCUUGCGAUAUCGUGGCCGCGUUUUGUACGUCGGUGGAGGUUGGGAUAUGGUUCUGGUCGCUUUAGCCCUCGCGGCACUGCCCUCUACACGGGGUUGGAGGAUCAACAACACUGCAUAAGGGCCGUUUAAAUCAUGGCGGUUAAUUCCAAAUUUCCAAAUUCAAAAAAUUCAAAUUUGGAAGUCAUCGAAAAAAUGUGAACGUGAUGAGGGCCUCAAAACUUUGGAACGGUAGGUUUCAAAUCUUCGGAGAAUUUCCAAAGCUUUUGCCUUCGAUCUCGCCACGCAUCGUUACCAAAUUGAAUUUGGAACAUUCCAAAUAUUUGGAGAAACGGUGCUCAGUUUACAACGGCCCUAAUCCAACCGCGCUGUGUAUUGUGGCGACUGUGCGAGGCACUUCCUACAAUAUCCACCGCGGCAGCACAGGGGUCGGUCUUCGUAGGGGUUCGAGCAGGUUGCUGUGAGACGGUCACAGCCCCGCGGCGCGUCGUCAUCGCAGCUCAGGACACGCCAUGCAUCACAGCUUGAUACCAUGUAUUAUUUCAUCUCGUUUGCGCUUUGUCUCGGAACCUAUCGACUAAGCACUGUAUAUCGAGUUUUCAGGAGUUGGCUUGACCUCUGUUUGAUCCGCGUACUUCCAAGCAUGUUUUUCAGAAGAAUGAUGACCUCCGAGCUUCCAAUCGUUGUACAUCGUGGAGGCCAAAUAAAGCAUGGCUCAGGCGGUUGCCUUUGCUCCUGCGCUCUGCAUCGUUGUCCCUGGAGUUGUCGUCUAAACCCAGGACCGAUGUCAUUGGAGCGGAAGGUCCUGUCCCCCCUCACCGCGGACGUACCACGCUGUGACGGGGCCGGUAGCUAGCAAGCAGACGAUGACAAAUAUUCUCAUGUUGGGGACCUUGGGGUGCUUGGCCUGAGUGUGGGGCCGACCUGCUGAACGCGUUGGCCGCAAUCAACACCAGCCCACUGGUAGAAGAUGUUGGCUACAUAUCAAUCGGUGUUGCUCGGCUGCUGGGGGAGGCCGACCGAAUGAACAACCUUUUCGACCUUUAACAAGUUUCCCUAACACCGGCCAUUGCACGACCGUUAAGGCGGAACGGCAUCCACGGAGAUGGAUUUGAGCACAAUAUCCGAACCAAUGAACUUUUGAUAGGUGUUUGAACUCACUCACCGACAUCCUGUCCCGACUCUCGAGCUUUCACGUACACAAACUCAUCUAUUGUGGUGGGAGAGGGUCUGGACUAGAUUCAUCCACGAGACAUACACCUCACUCUUGUGUGGCUGUAUCAAGUUGUUUAUCUGUGAUAGCCGAUGUAUUGUUUCGUGAGACGAUGGUUGCAAAGUAGACAAAUUCGGUGAGCUAAUAGUGUGCGACCGGUGGCGUCCCAGCAAAGUCAUAACAUUUCCAGAGACGUUUGUGGGGUGGUAGCCUUAGGUCGGGUAGUAUCGAUGAUGCGAUAUAGCAGCAUGUCGUAUCAAAGUCGCUUUCUUUGCUGCAGGCAGAGCACCAUGAAUGCGAAGCGAUAAUCUGUUGUCCACGAGUUUGGUGCAGACAUUCGAUCAGGCACCAUGGAGGCUCUGUGUCUUGCCGCUCUCUCUGUCGCUCUCUCAGUAACCACAAAGGGCGAGUGUACGAUCAUGCUGGCAAGGAUACGCCCGGGAAUGUCCCGCAAAAGCAAAAUCAGUGAAAAUAGAGUAAAGUGGGGAAACG